CCAAACGCCGUUGCAGCGUGCUGGCUAAGGUACAGGUUUUUAGUACCGACUAACAAGAAGACAAGACCUGUUUGUCCUUCUAAAAACAGAAAUAUUGCUGACAUUUACAGCCUUUCUGACCAAAUAAAAGGUUUGUGUACUGUAUACGUAGAGGUGCCUUCACAGUGUAUUCGAUUGACGUUGAUGAUUUGGGUGCGUGUUGUUUUCGCAAGGCUUUGGAAGUUGAUGUUAUAACGACGAGAUAACAUUCGUGUAAAGAAAACAACAGUUUCAGCUAUUGAUAGACCUCUUGAUAGUUUAGAGCAAACUGUAGUUUUUGCAGUUCUGCUCGAAGAUGGCUGAGUAUUACGAAGUUCUUGGAAUUAAACGUGCGGCAACUCCGGAAGAAAUAAAAAAAGCGUAUCGUAGGCUUGCCUUGAAAUGGCAUCCAGACAAAAAUCCUGAUCAGAAGGAAGUAGCAGAAUUCAUGUUUAAGGAAAUCUCUGAAGCUUAUGAAGUAUUAUCAGAUGAAAAUAAACGAAGAAUAUAUGACCAAUAUGGAAAAGAGGGAUUACUUAGUCAGCAAGGUCACAGGACUCAUAAUGACACACAUGCGAUGUAUGAACCUGAUUUUAACCACUUCUUUAGUUUUAUGUUUCGAGAUCCACAAGACGUUUUCAGGGAAUUUUUUGAAAACGACCCGUUUGAAGAUUUUUUUGGUAGACAAUCCAGGCAGUCAAGAGGUCGUGACUCCAGAGCUGUGAACAGAAGAGAAGAUUCUUUCUUUGGAGUACCAGGGUUUGGAUUUGGAUUUCCAGAUUUUUUUAAUGGAUCAGGGCUUCAUCAAGGGUUUACAAGUUUUAGUAGCUCGUCAAUUGCUAGUGGUUUUAACACUGGCUCAGUACAGGCAGGGGUCAAGAAAACUUCCAAAUCAACUCGAAUUGUAAAUGGGAAAAGAAUAGAAACAACAAAAGUCACUGAAAAUGGUGUAGAAACUGUGACGGUGCGCGAAGAUGGAGUGUUAAAGAAAAGAGUAGUAAAUGGAGUACCUCAAGCUAUACAGUACUAAAGUAAAUUUCAGGAGUUGAUUUUGUGAAGAAAAUAUACAAAUGAAUCGCAUUAGGAUCAUAAAAGAAAAAAUUUCUAAUGUAAAUUACACUGAAAUACUUUGUUUUAUCAAGUUCUUAUCUUUAUUGUAUCUAGAGUUUUCUUUCUGUAUAUUCAAGCUAAGAUAAACUUUUGACAAGUGAGUUCUUAAGAUUUGUUUCUCAUUCCUUGAUAUUUGUGAUACUUUCACACAUCUACUAUAAAUUAAAAAGUAUGAAAUAUGAGUGUAUUCACAUGUUUAGUUGGUAAGGACCAAAACAGGCUUUUGUAAAUUUAAGUCUAGAUUCCAAUAAAUUAUGUGUUGAGUCUUGUU